UUGGGAUACAAGCAAACAGUGUCAAAUUUUCUGUAAUAAACUAAACCAAAGUUUGAGAAAUUAUAUCAAAUGUCGCUGGAGGACUGCUUAAACAACAUUGGCCUCGGCAAUCCUGUAAUGCAAGCGGCUAGGUCUUCCGGAUCGAAACUAAUUCACGCCAUUGGGAUAACGCCGGAACAAGGAAAGAUGAUUCUGAAGGAGACGCAAACGCUGGGCUCGAUCGUUUCUAAAUACGUCUGGCCGGAUAUAUCGCUGAACUCUAUAGUCGGCAGUAAUUACCACUUUGUGCGUUUUGCCGGCCUGAGUGGCACAUCGGCCAUUUUAAUGGGCGCCUACUGCAGCUACGUGCUGGAAGAUAUAAAGGACCCGUUGGAGCAGAUGCGCUCGGAGGCCUAUGCUGAUGGGGCCAUUCGCAUGCACCUCUGGCAUGCGUUCGCCAUGAUGGCCAUGCCACUGGUCCACUACCCCGUACUAACCGGAACCCUGAUGACCACAGGCGCCCUCAUCUACAGCGGCUCCUUCUACUAUUACGCCCUAACGGGUAAACAACGUAUCCGGACUUAUCCGACCAUUGGAGUGUUCUUCCUGAUAGCAGCGUGGAUGUCGCUGAUCAUGUAGGAUCAUGGUGCUCUAUGGCUGGAGUUACCAAUGACGAGCUGAAAACACAGAUGGCAUAGAUUGACUUGCAGUGGUAUCCCAGCAGCGAUAUUAUCGAUACGAGGAUUCGAUUGAAGACCUGGUGAACAUUACAGAGGGAGAAGACAUUAACCACUUUGAUGCAUCGGAGGGACUGCAUCUUAACGCAAUACAAUACAACCAAUAAAUACGCUCUAGCUCUUCCAGCC